AUGACUGACGCUAUGACCAGUGUACACGGCUUUUGGAUCGCUUUGAAGCUGGAUGUUGCUUUGGCUGUAGCGCCUCGGGUCGACACAUCGAACGAACCGAACGACGUGGUUGUCGAGCGAUGUCGUAACCGCCGGAUAUGUCUGUCAGAGGAACAACAACGAGCGCCAGCUUGGCACUUGUCGUCAGAUGGAAUAUCAAAAUGGCCAACGACUCAACCUGGCAGUUUGUUCCGGAUGUUUGAUGAGGAAUAUGGCGAUAUCGCUCAUGAUUGGCUGGAGGCAGAGGGAGGACGUGAAGCAGUCAAUUUCGGAAUGAAAAUGAUAGGUGCAAAGGAUGUAUAUGACGAGUGGGACGCCCAGGCAACCCCCGCCUUCGACGUCUUUAGCGAUGUACCUAUUUGGAAGCAUUUGGAGGCCGGGUCCCGUUUGUCAUAG